UUUGUUCGUAAAAACACUAAUUUACACAAAAUGUGAGUAUGCGGACAGUUACUCACAUUAUGAGCAAAAUUUUUACUCACCGAAGCGUUCUUGUCGUUCUUGUGCACGAAAAGGUUCGAUGAGUGAAUUUAACACAGCCGUUCGUCGCUUCAAUUUUUAAAGCUGAUGGUGCAUUAAAAUACCUAUUAAAAUACUGUUUGUAAAUCCAAAAGUGAAAAUGUCUUCGCAAGAAUCCGAGUCGGAGAGCUCCCCAACGCGCUUUUACAGCGGCUUCAAUUCAGGUUCGCAGUACGAUGAUCCCAGCAAGUCAAGUUCCAGCGAAGAUGAAGGGGACGAUCCUUCGAGCGAUAACGAUAGCGUUCAACAACAUCAAGGAAAAAAGAGAACCAGUAGCUUCGGAACGGAGCAGGAUCCUUUCGUUGUUAAGAAGGCCAGGUUUGGCGAUCCCAGGCCGUCGUAUUCCGCCGACACCGCUUCAAAUUCCAAUGCGCUUUACUCGGCACAAUCCCGUCGGAUGAUGGACAUGAUGAACUAUGACAAAAGCAAGGGCCUCGGUAAAAGCGGCCAAGGACGGCUCGAUAUAGUAGAGAUUGCACAACAAAAAGGACGACGGGGAUUGGGUCUUAAGUUGGAAGGAUUGGAUCUAGCGGCCUCGACAUGGAACGAAUCCAUGGAAAGAUUGAACAUACCGGAAAAGGUUGUCUGGUUAGAGAAUAACGACGAAAACGAUCUCACCGAGCUCAGCGGAGAUGUACUGGAAAGCUGGAUUAAGCGCGGACCCCCGAAACACAUGAUCGACGACGAGGAUAAAUUUUGCCGGAAAGUCGUACUGCAAAAAGUACUGGAAUGCAAGUCCGCCUUUGACCAGCUCGGCGGUGCUGAUAUGAGAAAGGCUCGAACUAGGUCAAACCCUUUCGAGAAGAUAAAAUCCAACAUCUUCAUGAACCGCGCGGCCGUUAAAAUGGCCAACAUGGAUGCAAUGUUCGACUAUAUGUUCACCAAUCCGGUAGAUGAAGAUGGCAACUCACUGGUACGGGAUAACGAUUUGAUCUACUUUGCUGAUGUUUGUGCCGGGCCUGGCGGCUUUUCGGAGUACUUUCUCUGGCGUAAGAAAUGGCAAGCGAAAGGGUUUGGUUUCACGCUUCGGGGUGACAACGAUUUCAAACUGUCUGACUUUAUCGCGGGGACUCCAGAGACCUUCGAUGCUUACUACGGACCGAAUGACGAUGGAGACGUUUUCAAUCCAGUUAACAUCGAGAGUUUCACGGAUUACGUAAUGAAGCAGACCGAAGUGGGAGUGCAUGUGAUGAUGGCAGACGGUGGAUUUUCGGUGGAAAAUCAAGAAAACAUUCAGGAAAUUUUGUCCAAACGACUUUACCUUUGCCAGAUUCUGAUGGCACUGAAUGUGGUACGCACCGGGGGACAUUUUGUCGUCAAGCUGUUCGACCUUUUCACGCCGUUCAGUGUCGGAUUGAUCUACCUGGUUUAUAAGUGCUUCAAAAAGAUUUGCAUAUGCAAACCAAAUACAAGUCGGCCAGCCAAUUCGGAACGAUACUUGGUGUGCAAGUGGAAGAAACCCGGCACCGAUACCAUUCAGCGCCAUUUGUUCCAGGUAAACCAGUUCUUUGACAGCAAGAAGGACAACAUCGAUAUAUUGGAACUGGUCCCGCACGACGUAUUGGUUGGUAAUGAAACAUUUUUCCAGUACAUCUGCGAUAGCAACGACGAAAUAGGGGAAAAUCAAAUAGUCGGAUUACUGAAGAUAGCCGCUUUUUCCACGGAUCAAAGCUUGAAUGAAGGCAAACAGGACGAAAUCAAGAAAAAGUGUUUGGAGCUGUGGAAAUUACAAGACGCUCUCAGAAGGACACCACCCAAGACACCAUUGGAUCAGUACGCCAGCGACCUCCUUAAAGAAUGGGACAGCCAGAAGGAAUUCCUUAAAGCAGCCGGGUGCAAGCUACAAACAUCAAAUAUAGAAAAGAGCUUCCCUUCGACGCAUGGAUGGUACUUCGUACCGUUAGACAACAAUAACGACUGGAACCGGUAUCUACGAACAUUCUUUCUGGGUAGAGGAGGCAAAGACGUUUAUUACUACAACAAAAAUGGAUCUUGGGAUUUGCUCAAAGACAUGCAAUUAGAGCUAGCUCCGUCCACUCUUGUAUACGGCGAAAUUGUAACAGAGCUGCAAGGCCAAGGCAACUCGCAGGUUACAAUCUAUGCAUUUCACAUAAUAGACGGAAUUUCACUCGGAGGUGUCAAUAUAAGGAAGUAUUCUCUCCCGGAGCGGCUUAAAAUGUGUGAAAAGUAUGCUAAGGCAUUGGACAAGCCUUAUAAAGUAAUAAACAAGGCAGACAAGCCUUGCGUGUCGUCAAUGCCAAUUCGUUGCAAGAAAUUGUUCCCCUUUCCGGAAUUCGACCGGUUUUUCGAUAGACUGGAGACGUACGUACUCAAAGGAAACCGGAAGUCUCGCCUGGGUUACCAUUUGCGGAACACUAUCGACCCGGAUCGAUUCUAUGUUCCGAGGGGCUUGAUGUUUCUCAAUGAAAUCCGAGAUGAUUACAUGAAGUUAUUUUCCAAAAGUAGCAACAAAUUCUACUAUUUCAACAAAUUAACGGGGACUUCCACGUUUCCAGAGCAAAUGAAAUGUAUCGAAGAAACAAAAGCUUCCUUCAAGAACAGCUUUGUGCAGCGCGUGAUGUGGGAUUGGUUGGACGAGCGACAGGUUUCAGAAAAUGACAGGGUACCAGGGGACCGCGAUAUGGCAUGCCGCGUUGACAUCAAGAAUUUUCUUAUCGGUAAGGUCAGCAAAUGAUAGAUUCGUAGUAAAAAAAAACCAAGACUAGAAUGUA